AUGAGGACAGCUAAUCUCCUGUGCCGUCGGGGCACACCUCUUCGAGGGCUCCUAACUCGAAAUUGCCAAGGACGCAUCCCUUUAACACGUACCUUUGCGACACCCACAUUCGACACUUCGAACCCGCGAAUACCGCCGUACCUUAAGUUGGCCAAGAACUAUGAAAAGGUCAAAGAGGUACUGGGUAAGGGUGCUGCCCUUACCCUAGCUGAGAAGAUUCUCUACAGUCAUUUAGAUAAUGUCGAGGAAUCCCUCACGACUAAUACGGAUGGUGGACGAAAUAUUCGAGGGACAGCAAAUCUUAAGCUAAAGCCUGAUCGAGUUGCCAUGCAGGAUGCCUCAGCACAAAUGGCCCUUUUACAGUUCAUGACCUGCAAUCUCCCCUCGACAGCUAUCCCGGCUAGCAUUCACUGCGACCACUUAAUUGUGGGCGAACGAGGCGCACAGGCCGACUUGGAAACGGGAAUCAAGGUGAACCAGGAGGUGUUCGACUUCCUAGAAUCUGCGGCGAAGAAAUACGGAAUCGAAUUCUGGCCUCCUGGUGCUGGUAUUAUUCACCAGAGCGUCCUGGAAAACUACGCUGCCCCCGGCCUGAUGAUGCUAGGCACUGACAGUCACACCCCUAACGCUGGAGGUCUUUCCACGAUAGCAAUCGGUGUUGGUGGUGCUGAUGCCGUUGAAGCUCUCGUCGGCGCGCCAUGGGAACUUAAGGCCCCUCGUAUUUUAGGAGUAGAGCUGAAGGGCAAGCUCAGUGGCUGGGCUGCACCAAAGGAUGUCAUUCUUAACCUUGCGGGACAACUUACGGUACGAGGUGGCACUGGGUUUAUUAUCGAGUACUUUGGACCUGGUGUAGAAACACUCAGCUGUACUGGCGCCUCGACGAUGUGUAACAUGGGCGCCGAAGUUGGCGCUACGACCUCUAUUUUCCCCUUUAACGCCGCUCACGUGCGAUAUCUGGAGGCGACACACCGACACGACGUAGCAAGGGAAGCAAAGAAGUUCUCCGAUAUCGUUCAGCUUAAGGCUGAUGCUGGUGCGAAAUAUGACGAGGUUAUUACCAUCGACUUAUCCACACUAGAGCCUCAUAUCAAUGGGCCCUUUACCCCUGAUCUAUCUACGCCGCUAUCUCAGUUUAAGCAAACAGUACAGGAACAAAACUGGCCCGACAAGCUAUCAGCAGGUCUGAUUGGAAGUUGCACAAACAGUUCGUACGAGGAUAUGACGCGUGUAGAGAGCAUGGUCCGUGAGGCGAUAGAGGCCGGUUUAAAGCCCGCAUCCGAUUUCUACAUAACGCCGGGAAGUGACCAAAUUAGGGAAACUAUACGACGAGACGGUCCUCUAGAUACGUUUAAAGAAGCUGGUGGCACUGUGCUUUCAAAUGCUUGUGGCCCUUGCAUUGGUCAAUGGAAACGACAUGAUGGCGUCGAAAAGGGAACCCCUAAUGCUAUACUUACCUCGUAUAACCGUAACUUCCGCGGCCGCAACGACGGAAACCCAGAUACUAUGAACUUCCUCGCAUCGCCCGAAAUUGUUACCGCCAUGACUUUCGCAGGCACUACCACCUUCAACCCUAUAACCGACUCGCUUCCUACCCCAUCUGGCAAGGAAUUCAGAUUUACACCUCCUUCAGGUCUCGAAAUCCCAGCCCAGCCGUUCGAGAUAGCUCGAGAACAGUUUCGACCCCUUACCCAGGCCCCCGACCCAUCUGUCGAUGUAGCCAUUUCACCCUCUUCGGAACGUCUUGCGCUUCUGGAACCGUUUGACCCCUUCCCUACCUCCGAACUCUCAGGCCUUCGCGUAUUAGUUAAAGUCACCGGAAAAUGCACGACGGACACCAUCUCCGCCGCCGGUCCUUGGUUGAAGUAUAAAGGCCAUCUCCCCAAUAUCAGCGAGAACACGCUCAACACGGCGAUAAAUGCCGAGACCGGCGAAGUUAACGUUGCUUACGACUUAGACGGGUCCAAGCACACGAUUCCCGAACUAGGAAAGCGCUGGAGGGAGGCUGCGCAACCGUGGCUAGUAGUGGCAGAGCAUAACUACGGAGAGGGUAGCGCACGAGAGCACGCUGCGCUCCAGCCGCGGUACUUAGGCGCCAGAAUCGUGCUUUGCAAGAGCUUUGCGCGUAUCCACGAGACGAACCUGAAGAAGCAGGGUGUCGUACCACUGACCUUCGCCGAUGAGGCUGACUACGAUAAGAUUAGUGCCGGUGACGAGGUAUCUACAAUUGGCUUAUAUGAGAUGCUGCAAAAUGGCGGUAAGGGCGAGGUGGCGCUUAAGGUGAAGAAACACAAGACCGGAGAGGAGGUGCUCAUCAAGACGAAGCACGCUGUUAGCAAGGACCAGGCGGGUUUCAUUCUGGCGGGCAGUGCGCUGAAUCUGCUCUCGAAGAAGUGA